AUGACCUACCCAACAACUCUAGAGCUAAUUGGUGGACAAUCUGGUAAUGAAUUCUCAUUGACUGGUGAGAACAACGGUGCCAGUUUAGAGAAGAUCGGAGUCUGGGUGGGAGAAUGGCAAGUGAAGAGUGUCAAGGUUUGGCUUUCAGAUGGAAGAAUUGAAGCUUUUGGAGAACCAGCCGGACCGUAUCAAGAGUACCAUUUCCAGGCUGGUGAGUGUUUCGCCUCACUGUCCCUGUGGGGGAACGGAGCAGGAACACGUCUUGGAGCCAUUAAAUUCAAGACCAACCAGGGGAGAGAAUUUUUUGCGAAGAUGACAAAAUGGGAUUUAAAAACCGAAUAUCCCAUUGAUGUUGGCUCUGGAUAUUGUUUGGGAGUUGUGGGAAGAGCUGGUGCAGACAUUGACAGCAUGGGAUUCAUGUUCCUCAAUGCAGUUCAAUCAACAGUUCUCACCAAUGUCAACUAUCCCACUAUCAACCAACUGAUACCACAGGUCGCCGUGGAAGAAAUCAAAUCCGUCACUUUCAGGAACGACUCCUCCAUCAUUCAGACCCAUGAAGUUGUAGCCUCAAAGGAAAUUACCAACACAUCUUCAUGGUCUGUGAGUGAAAGUUUAACAUCAACAUUCAGUAUGGAAGUGACGGCUGGGAUUCCAGAGCUUGUAGAAGUUUCUACAGGAUUCAGUGUCAGUGUUGGAUCAGAAAGCACUUAUGGUCAUGUGCAUGAAGAGAAGACAACCGAAACUCUGCGUACCAAUGUAGGUGUGCCACCAAGGAAGGUCAUGGAUGUUCUCAUCACCAUUGGCAGAGCCACUUUUGACAUGCCUUACACCGGCACAGUGAAGAUCACCUGCAAGAACGGCAGUGUGUUACAGUAUGAAACCCAGGGCACAUACAGAGGCGUCACUUACACUGAUAUCAAAGUGAACACUACAGAAUCUGAUCUGUGAUG